AUGAAGAUCACCAAGAUCACGCUGUGUUCAGAUGUGAAUCUACACAUUGUUGAUGCCAAGCUUUUUACCACAGGAGAAGUUAAACUGAGUUUGAAUCUGAAUGGACAGCGUGAUGUAUGUGCUGGUGUGGUGGAGUUCUCUACAGCCAACGGCAUCAUUGGGGUCUGUAAUGAUAGCUCUAACAGCGUGAAACUCCAGAAUUUCACAACAGAGUGUUUUGGAGAUGUUUCCAUUGCUGUGAAUGGUAUUAACUAUGAAGUGUGCUCCAGUGAUUCGAUUGAGUCCCGUAAAAAGAUGGGGGCGGUGGUCUGUCGAGAGCUUGGCUGUGAGGAAGAACUGAAGUUCUUUGAAGGUGAUUCUCCAUGCGAGGGAAAAGUGCGCAUCAAGCAAUUUGAUGGUAACGCUGUCUGGCUGCCUGCAACAUCAGAGGAAGAGAAUAAGAAAAAAGCCAAUGACACAUGCAAAGCAAUGCAGUGUGGAACUCUGGUCUCCUUUGAACCGGAGCAAAACACCACAGAUGCCAAAGUCACAUGUUCAGAUAAACCUCCAAAAAUGAUGCUCUCAAAAAACUGCACAGGCGAGGUGCUCAUAGAUGAAGAGCAUGUUUGUGCAUCCCGGUGGGAUGAUGGGAUGUCCAACAAGUUAUGUGACAGCCUCAAUUGUGGUAAGGCACUCUACAGCUGGACCACAGAGUCCAGAGAAAAAAAUACUUGGCAUUUCAGCUGCACAGGCAUAGAGACAUCGGUGUGGCAGUGUGGCUCUAGAAAAGACAGCUGUAAGAACAUCCUCUCUGUGGCCUGCAAAGAUAGUGUUGAAUUCAGCUCCACUGAGAAGUGUGGCGGGAAGCUUGUGAUCAAGUAUCAGGGGCGAUGGGAAUAUGUCUGUGGAAAACUGACUCUGAAUGAUAACAAGAAGUUUUGUGAUGUGCUUAAGUGCAAUGAUAGCCGAGAAUUGCUGGAUGAACAGAACAUAGCAAAAGAAAUGAUGGUCAAAAUUGAUUGCCCAGAAAACCAUUACACAAUUUUUCAGUGCAUGCACCAUCUCAAUAACGAUAAAUGCAGUCAUGGACCUGCUGAAAUCAAGUGUGAAGGUUAUACUCCAAAAGGAGGUAAUUCUUCAGUGGGUCUGAUAUUGGGACUGUUAGGAGCUGUGCUGGGGUUGCUGAUGUUGUUUUUAAUGUGGAGAAAUCGGAAACGUCUACUUUUAGCCUUAAGAUAUUACAGAAGUAAAAAGGGCAAAGACGUCAACCCGGAUGUGAAUGAAAUGGAUAAGAUGGAUACAGAGGACAGAGGAAAGACAUCGUUUUUAAAUAAUGAUGACUACGAGGAUGUGGAUUCUCUCAUGGACAAGUCAGGAGAGGAGGAUGAAGAUGACAGAAAGAGGGAUUCUUCUGGGACAGAAUAUGAUGACAUUGAGGGACAAGCCAAUGGAAUCUCUCCUUCCCAAACCCACCAUGAUGAAGACCUCGACAUCCCUCUCCUUCCCAAGAGACCCGAGAACAUUCUUGAUCAGGACACCUAUGAAGUGGAGACAGAGAAACAGGACUAUGAUGAUGUCAUACCUGUCGAUGCUGCAACCAAUGAAAAUGCAGGCAUGACACGCACACAAGCUCAUGUAGAUGUAGACGUGGAUGAAGGUGCAGAUUCAGAUUUAGAUGCUGGUCUAUUUGCAAAUGCUGAUGCAGAUAUGUUGACCACAGAGGUAGAGGUUCACGCUCAAGCAGAGUAAUAAAGGAGCCAUGAGACCAAAUUGUUCUUUUAAGUUAAAAUUAAUAAGAGAUAAGAUUGCAUGUUCUUAUGACAGUAGAAUAUUUGGAAGAAAAUCUGGAUAAACCAAUGCUGUUUAAUGAUGCUAACUCUCAAGAUUUCUCUCAAGAUGUAUAAAAGAAGCGACGCAUACACAAACCUGAUUUGGAAUAACAAAAUAUUUAAUUAUUGUCACAACAGUGUAUGAACUGAAGAAAAGAGCAAAUUUUUGUACUGAUAAACCAGUCAAACUUUUUGUAAUUCUUAAGGUUUUGAUGUGUAGGUUUGAUCUGUUUGUUCCUUUUGAUCCGUUUUUUUUUUCAUGUUCAUUUGAUAAGGUAAUAUCUUUUUAAAAUUUACAAGAUCAAUGCUUUUAAAAUGUUCAAGACCAGGUAACACAAUGUUAUCACUAAC